CUCUUCAGCUCAGAUAGUGUUUGGCGUUUAAACGGAGGCAGGCUGCAGCCCAUGUCUGGAAAUCACUUUAUUGAUAAAUAGGAGGAGAAAACCGACUAUCUCAAAAGGAUGACCUCAAACAUCUGUGUUUUUUUUUAAAUAUAUUCGCCUCACUGCAGGAUAUUUUCCCUUUAAUUAACGGUCUCGGAUGAAUAUUUUUCCUGUGUGCAGAUAUCUUCUGCCACUUAUGGUCCGCGGUUACCUUACCUGGCACAGGUUCGCCGCAUUCUACCGCUUUUGUGCCGAGCUAGCAGAACCUGUCUGACCUUAAAUCACAGAAUACCUUCGGCUUUUUUAUUUCAAUGUUUUAAUUGUAAAAAUGUGAUUCUCCAUGUUUCCCGGGAGGAAGCCAAGCCCCUUCGUUGGCAUCUGACACAGCUGGGUCGUGUCGUGAAGAUUGGGGAUUAACGUCUCUUUUCCGUCUUUAAGAACCCCGUUUCUCUUGCUUUGUUUGAGCCCCAAAACAAGCGUCGAAUGAGCAACAUGAGUGGAGCGUAAAUAAACGUAUAUUCACUCAUAUUUCCCCCAACAUAUCUGCUAAAAUAAAGGGCACAAGAGGAAAAUGGAAAACGAGGUUUUCACCCCACUGCUGGAGCAGUUCAUGCUAACGCCUCUGGUCUGCUGGGUGAAGAGUGUUGGACACUCGACAGAGACCGAUGGCAGCAAAUUAUCGGAAUAUAUAGAGUUGGUAGAUGGGAUUUACCUGAACGAGAUCAUGCUUCAGAUAAAUCCUAAAGCCACUGUGCAGAGGACCAACAAGAAGGUAAACAAUGACCCUACACUGCGUAUCCAGAACCUUUCUAUUCUCAUCAGGCAGAUUAAAGCCUACUAUCAGGAGACUCUCCAGCAGUUAGUGAUGAUGCCUUUGCCAAACGUCCUGAUUCUGGGCCGAAACCCUCUCUCUGAACAAGGUCUGGAGGAGAUGAAGAAAAUGUUGCUGCUGCUUUUAGGAUGUGCUGUUCAGUGUGAGAAGAAAGAAGAAUACAUCGAACGUAUCCGGACUCUGGAUUUUGACACCAAAGCUGCGAUAGCCUCCCACAUUCAAGAGGUGACGCAUAACCAGGAGAAUGUGGUGGACCUUCAGUGGUUGGAAACUGGGGAAAUGCCCCCAGAGGAUUUGGACAGUCUGUCCAGAAAUUUGGCUUUCCACCUCAAACGCCUGGUUGAUGAAAGGGACACACAGCUGGAGACAAUCGUGGAGCUCACCCAGGAGAGAGACUGUGUGCAGCUAUCUCCGCUGGCUCCCAUUGCCACCCAGUCUCCCGGUGACUCUCCUAGUAUGAGAAGAACUGAAAGUCGACAACACCUCUCAGUGGAGUUGGCUGACGCCAAGGCCAAAAUCAGACGCCUUCGACAGGAACUGGAGGAAAAGAGUGAGCAGCUGCUGGACACCAGACAGGAGCUGGAGAACAUGGAGAUAGAGCUGAAGAGAAUCCAGCAGGAGAGUUAUCAGCUGCUGUCGGACGCUCGGUCAGCUCGUACCUACCGGGAUGAGCUGGACGCGCUCAGAGAAAAAGCCAUACGUGUCGACAAACUGGAGAGUGAGCUUAGCCGAUAUAAGGAGAGACUUCACGACAUUGACUUCUACAAGGCUAGAGUCGAGGAACUAAAGGAGGACAACCAGAUUCUGCUGGAAACAAAGACAAUGCUGGAGGAGCAGCUGGAUUCCACCCGGACCCGCUCUGACAAACUGCACCUUCUGGAGAAAGAGAACCUUCAGCUCAAGUCCAAGAUACAUGAUCUUGAGAUGGAGCGUGACCUUGACCGGAAGCGUAUGGAGGAGCUGUUGGAGGAGAAUCUUGUGUUAGAGAUGGCCCAGAAACAAAGCAUGGACGAAUCUUUGCACUUGGGUUGGGAGCUGGAGCAAUUAUCAAAGACACCUGAGCUGACUGAUGCCCCACAGAAGUCUUUGGGCGAGGAGGUGAAUGAGCUGACCUCCAGUCGCCUGUUGAAGCUGGAAAAAGAAAAUCAGGCUCUGCUGAAGACUGUGGAAGAACUCAGAGGAGCUGCCAGUCAGGACACCAUAGCUAAAUUGACCAAAGCCAACCAAGAAAACCAGAAACUUAAGCAGAAAGUGGAGCGACUGGAGAGUGAACUUACAGUGGACAGAGAGUCGCUACGUAGUGCUGAGUCACUAAGUACAGACCUGAUAAAGGAAAAGGCUUUGUUGGAGAAGACUCUGGAGACACUCAGGGAUAAUUCAGAGAGACAGAUGAAGGGUCUAGAGCAGGAGAACAAGCACCUAAGCCAAACUAUAUCCUCCCUGCGUCAGCGCUCCCAGGUUGGAGCUGAGGCCCGUGUGAAAGAUGUGGAGAAGGAGAACAGAGUUCUUCACGAGUCCAUCUGUGAGACAACAGCCAAACUGAAUAAGCUGGAGUUUGAAAUGAAACGGCUACGUAAGGAGCUUGAAGUGACGAAGGAGAAAAGUGAGAGAGCGGAAGAGUUGGAGAUUCAGCUACAGAAGCUGGAAAGAGAGAAUGAAAGCCUGCAGAAGAAAGUUGCCACUCUUGGAAUUACCUGUGAAAAGGUUUCUUCUUUGGAGAAGGAGAACUCUGAGCUGGAGGCAGAGGGCCGCCGUCUAAAGAAGAAACUGGAUGGUCUGAAAAACAUGGCUUUCCAAUUAGAGGCUUUGGAAAAAGAGAACUCCCAGUUGGAACAGGAGAACCUGGAGCUGCGGCGCUCAGCUGAGAAUCUCCGGUCAGCAGGAGCUAAGGCCGCUCAGCUGGAAGCCGAGAACAGGGAUCUAGAGAGCGAGAGGACCCAGCUGAAGCGCAGCUUGGAACUCCUUAAAGCCUCGUCUAAGAAGACAGAAAGAUUAGAGGUAAGCUACCAAGGUCUCGAUACGGAAAACCAGCGGCUGCAGAAGACUUUAGAGAACAGCAGCAAGAAGAUCCAGCAGCUGGAGGCAGAGCUGCAAGAGGUGGAAACUGAGAAUCAAACCCUUCAACGCAACCUGGAGGAACUCAAGAUCUCAAGUAAACGCCUGGAGCAGCUGGAGCAGGAGAACAAAACUCUGGAACUGGAAAGCUCCCAGCUGGAGAAAGAUAAGAAGCUUCUGGAGAAGGAGAACAAGCGGCUGAGGCAGCAGGCCGAGAUCCGCGACUCCAAACUGGAUGACGACAACCAGCGGAUCGCUGCCCUGGAGAAAGAGAACCGCACCAUGGGCAAGGAGAUGAUCUUCUUCAGGGACUCGUGUACAAGAGUCAAAGACCUGGAGAAAGAGAACAAGGAGCUUGUCAAACAGGCCAGUAUAGAUAAGAAGACCCUACUGACGCUCAGAGAGGAGCUUGUGAGUGAGAAACUGCGAACUCAGCAGAUGAAUAAUGACCUAGAGAAACUUACUCAUGAACUGGAGAAAAUUGGACUGAACAAAGAACGACUUCUCCACGACGAGAGCUCGGAUGACAGGUUUAAGCUCCUUGAAACCAAACUGGAGUCAACUCUGAAAUCAUCUUUGGAGAUCAAAGAGGAGAAAAUAGCUGCUUUAGAGGCCCGAUUGCAGGAAUCCUCCAACCUCAACCAGCAACUUCGCCAGGAGCUGAAAACGGUAAAGAAAAACUAUGAGGCACUUCGCCAGAGAGAGGAGGAGGAAAGGAUGGUGCACAGCUCCCCCCCUAAAGGAGGGGAAAAUUCCCAGACUGUCAGUAAAUGGGAAAAAGAGAGCCAUGAAGCCACCAGAGAGCUGCUCAAAGUCAAAGACAGACUGAUUGAAGUUGAGAGAAAUAAUGCUACGCUGCAGGCUGAGAAGGUGGCGCUGAGAAGCCAACUCAAACAGCUGGAAACUCAGAGCUCCAACCUGCAGGCACAGAUUGUCGCGGUGCAGAGACAGACCGCCUCCUUACAGGAGAACAGCACCUCUCUACAGAUGCAGAAUGCAAAACUGCAGGUGGAGAACUCCACCCUGAGCUCGCAAAGUGCUGCUCUCAUGGCCCAGAAUACCCAGCUGCAGAGCCAGCAGAGCAGUGUGGAGGGAGAAAGAGAGGGAGCGCUGAAAGAAAAAGAGGAGCUGAGGGGAACCUAUGAACUCCUGCUCCGAGAUCAUGAGAAGCUGGCAGCUCUCCAUGAGAGGCAGGCAGCCGAGUAUGAAGCUCUGAUAGGGAAGCAUGGCGGCCUGAAGACCACCCAUAAGAGCCUCGAGCAACAGCACAGAGACUUGGAGGACAAGUACAAGCAGCUCCUGCAAAGAAAGGGGGAGAUAGAGGAGCUGGAGAAAAACUUGAAGGAACAACAAGAAAAGAUGUCUCAGGAGAAUCAGAGCCACCAAGCCACAGCUGACCAGUGCAAACAGCUCAAAGAGGAAAAUGACAGGCUAAACACUGCCUAUCGUCAGCUGAUAAAGGACAACGAGAGCCUGCAGGUGGACCAUAAGAACAUAAAGAGCCAGUUGAACAGUGCAAAGCUGGAGCAGACCAAGCUAGAAGCUGAGUUCUCCAAACUCAAGGAGCAGUACCAGCAGUUAGACAUCACCUCCACCAAACUCACCAACCAGUGUGAAUUGUUAAGCCAGCUAAAAGGAAACUUGGAGGAGGAGAACCGUCACUUGUUGGACCAGAUCCAGACGCUGAUGCUGCAGAAUCGCACACUUCUGGAGCAGACAAUGGAGAGCAAGGACCUGUUCCACGUAGAGCAAAGACAAUACAUAGACAAACUGAAUGAGCUGAGGAGACAGAAGGAAAAACUUGAGGAGAAAAUAAUGGACCAGUACAAAUUCUAUGAUCCUUCGCCUCCACGCAGGCGUGGCAACUGGAUCACUCUGACGAUGAAGAAGCUGAUCAAGCCAAAGAGCCGGGAGAGGAUGCGUUCUCUCACACUGACUCCCUCUCGUUCAGAGCUUGGAGAUAGUUUUUUUACAUUUCUUCCGGACAGCCAGGACAGCUCAUCCAUAGGCUCUGGUUCCAACUCGCUAGAUGACACGCUUACACAGAAGAGGAGCAGCACUAUAAAAAGGUUGCCUUUCAUGAGGAACCGAUCCAAGGACAAAGACAAAGCCAAGGCCAUCUACCGACGCUCGAUGUCCAUGAAUGACUUGCUCCAAACGAUGGCAGUGGCAGGAGUUUCCGGGUCACAGUGGAUGGGCAGCACGGAGAAUCUGGACGGACCUGAAGCAGGAGACGCCAGCAUUACGGGCGGCAGCAGGCACAGUGGACAGCGUAUGAAAGAGCUCGCCUUAUCCACCAAUGCCAUCGACUGCACUGCACUAACACUGCCAUCUGUGAGGCGCAGCAGAGCUAAGCUCUGUAAAGACAAUGCCUCAUGUGAGGAUGUUGCUGGUUCCUCAGAUGACCCCAAGAGCCAAGGCCUGCAGGGGGCUAGCGGUGCUCUUGCUUUGUCUCAUCCUAUUGAGCUGAGGGCUAUGUGCAGAGUGCCCUGUAGCAUCUGUACUUCCAGACCCUCCAGUCUUCAUAGCAACAGGACUACAAGUAGCAAUAGUAACAAUAACUCACACCUUACUUCUCCUCUGGAGGGCAAAGGCACCCUGAACGGCAGUCUCAGCAGGCCUCAAAGUGAGAGCAGUGGGGAGUUCAGCCUAAGCCUGGACCAGGAGGUGUGGUCCAGCAGUGGCAGUAGCCCUGUCCAGCAGCCCACCUCCUUACGGUCCUCCCACCAGAGCCCCCUGCAGCUGCGCAGGGCCCACGAGCCAUCCAGCACCGUGGCCAUCUCCAGUCAGACACAGGUUAGAAAGAUGGGAUCCGCCAGUGAGGUGCUUUCCCUGCAGCAGUUCCUAGAUGAGGGUGUCGAUCCUGCGGAGCCUGGCAGUCAGGAGAACCUUACUGUGGACUCUCCUCGCCUCUCCACUUCUUCUGAGCAUGCUCAGAAAGAUCGCACCUCCACCAAGGGCCGGGGCAUUUUACGCUCUAGCAGUGGGAAAGCGGCACCAGACAGCACCAACCGCCCUUUGAAAUCCUCAGGACAACCCGGCCGCUCAAGCCUGCGGAAAGCUGAGAGCACGCGUGUCAAAGGCUCCGCCCCUCUUCGCUCCAGCCUCUCCUCCCAGGGGAAAGCCGUGUCCGUCUCUGAACGCCUGGACUCUGCCUCCUCCACGCUGCCUCGGGCCAGCAGUGUCAUCUCGACAGCCGAAGGUACCACAAGGCGCACCAGCAUCCAUGACCUGCUGUCCAAAGACCACCGGCAGCCUGUGUCUGUUGAUACUUCUUCUCACGUCCCCUCCCCUAAGGCUGGAGUACGCUCGCAGCCGACACCCAGUGAGUACCACCCCAACAGCACCUGUCUGAAAGGACCCCUUGCCACUACCUCCCCUAUGCCCAAAUCAGUCAGUUUACCCUGCCACAGCUCAGAGGACCCCGACCUUGACAGCCUUGAGUCUUUCCUUGGCCCCUCCUUUACUGUAGAGUCAGUGUUCAUGGACUCCAUCUUUAGUGAGUCAGCAGAAAAUCUCCCCUUCCUGUCCCUGAACCCCACCCUAGUCAGCAACAUCAGUGGUCCCCCGGCCACAGAUAAGACCCAACCUCAUUCUGGGCCGAACCUGAUCCCCCACGGCCAGUCCAAUGGUCAGAUGAGAUCCAGCUCAGCCUGCCUGACAGAGUAUAAUGAUGGUAUUGAUCCAAAUGGUGUUGGUGAUUCAGAGCAGACUCUGAGCCCAGAGGAGAGACAGUCUCUGUGAUGUGGACGGCAGAAAGUCUAAAAACAGGAGCGGGGAGCCGCAGCAAAGCUGCUGAGCCCUGCCCCUCCCACCCUCGCCUGUCUGCCACCAUGCUGCGAGCGCGUGGUGAGUGAGCGCUGCUUGAGGGGGAUGAAAAAUGGUUGGGAGGAGGGUCAGUUUUGUCUCCAUGGGAACACAACAACAUGGUCGUGUAACAGAUGUCUCCCAUCAUGCUGUGCACUUGUUCCCCCUGCUUCUCUCAGCUGUUCCCCGAAAGCCCCCCACCACCACCCCCGCCCCCUCUUUCCUGUGGUGCCAAACGCCUGCUCCCGGGCCGUGAUAGGACCUGGCCUACUUGUCAUAUGGUUCAUUUUACUACGCUCCCUGUUGUCUUCUUCACUAAGAGAAGCUCUUGGAAGCAACACAGUCUCCCUCCAUCAUGCUGUGUCUUGUGUUGGUGUAAAUGAUGUGACUUCUGGCCCUUUAUUAUCAGGCUGCUGCAUGGCUUUGCUGCAAUGCUGAAUCCUUCCCUCUGUGCAUGUAGACCCAGGCUGGCUGCUUCUUUUCCUCCCCCCCUUGCUGCAUCAAUGUUUACUGAAACAGUAAAAUGUUGGUUUUUUUUCUCUGUAGUUUUGCUCUAUUUAGUCUUUUCUAACCUGUCAUCUUUUUUUUUUCCAAUUCUUUGCACUUCUCUUUGCUUUUGUGGGAUUCAGAGAGAAAGGUGGCCUUGGAGCUGUGUGUCUGAAGCUUUGUAGAGCUAAUCUUCUGCAGCCGUCUACAGUGAGAAAAGAUUGUAUGUCCAAGAUUCAACUUUUUUUAGGAGAUCCAGGACACUUUAGUGGAGAAAAGUGGUUUCCUUCUCUGUUUACGUUUUUCCUUGAAUCAAGGAAGCAACAAUGAAAUACUACAAAAUAUUGCAUUGACAUUUCCCCCUUAAAGACUGCUGCGACAGAUUGAUCUGGCACUUUAUUCCAGUGUGGCAGAUCUGUGAUGUGCACUAGUCUCUGUGGACUGAUUUAAGUGCCAAUGUUCACACAACAGCCAAAAAGGCAAUCCCAACUCAGACUGAGGACUCCUUCCCAUAUCUGCUACGCAUCCUUAAGGCAAGACGGAUCAUCUCCUGCCUGAAGCCAUCACUACAUAGUUAAAACAUAACAAAAUGAAGCAUGUUGGUACAAAAAUGGUUCCAGCUCCUUUUUUUUUUUAGACUGAGGAUUCACAAUCUACAUGGAGCAAUCAAUCAUUCUGCUUUCUUCAUCGAUUUAAGGAAGAGGAUGGUGUUAAGUUUUAAAAGCCAGAUGCCAGUGGGACAUGAAGACAUGACACACUGAUCCCAGGAAUGUUCAGGUCACCAAGGUGACGAUGUUUAUGACCCGUCACACUGUUUGUCUCCACUAAAAUGUUCUUCCAUCAUACACAGUUAGCCGCAUGGUAGUCAUUCAUAGUUCCUCUUCUGCUCUGAUGCACAGUUGUCACUAAAAAUAAACAGUGUUGACUACAAAGUUCUGGAAAGACGAUCUUUAUGCCUGACUGGAGUAUAGGUGACCUGCCCAGUACGACCACAUUUGUUGUGUUGAACAUGUUGGUGACAAUGAGACCUGAUGUUUUUUGUCCUUUUCCACUUUUACAUGUCUCCAUUUGGUGUAAUUAAAGUUAAUCAAGACUG